UCAGGAUCCUAGCAGCGCUGUUCUGAAUGUAUUGGAGCUUCUGGAUGCUUUUGUUGGGGAUCCCGAUGAGGAGUGCAUUGCAGUAGUCCAGCCUGGAGGAGACAAAGGCGUGGACCAGCUUUUCGGCGUCAGACAGAGUGAGUGUGGGGCGGAGUUUGGCGAUGUUCCUGAGUCUGAGUCAACUUGACUGGCCUCAAAGAUGGAGACCACCAGCGGCCCCACCAUGAGCUGCCAAUCCUUCCUCCCUGUCUCCCUUCACCGAGCCGAGGCAGAAGACCUCGCCUCACCGCUCUACUCGUUUGACUCUCAGGAGCCAUGUGAGGAACACGAAGAGAGCCUGACCAUGUUCUGUUUGGAUGACCUGGAGCCUUUAUGUGAACACGGUGCAGCUGUGAGCCACGCAGGACACAGAGUUUACCUCCUGACUGAGGCUGCUACUGACUGCAAGGAGGAGUUGAAAACAUCACUAAAUGGACUGAAGAAGAGGAGGGUGCAAUUUGAGAAAGUCACACAGAACUGUGAACAUGCAUCCAGACAUAACCAGGCUGAGGCCGAACUCACAGAGGAGCACAUGAAGAAGGAGUUUGAGAGCCUUCACCAGUUUUUGAGAGAGCAGGAAGCAGCCAGGCUGCUCGUCCUCAGGGAGGAACAGAAGGAGAAAAGGAGAGAGGCAGAAAAACAGGUAGACGAAAUGAAUCAGCUGAUAACAUCUCUGGAGGAGAAGGUACAACUGGUGGAAGAGGAGCUAGAUGCAGGAGGAGAAGGGGCUGGAUUUUUAAAGGUAACACAAAUCAUAUGUUUCACAAAAAGUAUAUAAAUGUCAGGUGUUUGUAUUUUAAACAGUAACCUUGAACAGCAAUACCAAGACACAAUGAAUAGGUAUGUGACAUUUCAGGGUAUUUUUCACACACAAUCACAUACAAAUGAAACGGUACAACUGUAUUUUAAUGUUUAUUUAUUGUACUGCAGUACCUGUACAGGUGACAGGGAACCACAGAAGGUUUGCAGACCUCUGAUAGAAGUGACCAAACACCUGGGAAACCUCCAGUAUGCUGAAUGGGAGAAGAUGAAACACAUUGCCCCCUACAGUCAGUUUCCUUAUAUUUACAGUGUGUGUAUGUGAUUACUUCCUGCUCCCUUCUUCAUUACCCUCUGACCCCCCUUUGUGUCUUCCUGCUCCUGUGACCCUUGACCCCAGGACAGCAGGCCUGUCUCUGAGGGUGUCUCCCGGGUUAAACAGUGUCCAUAUCACCCCUGGACCUUCACAGUGUCUGGAUGUCCCAGCUGACCCAGACAGUUUCCACCCUCAUUCCUGCAUCAUGGCGAGAGAGGGCUUUGACUCAGGAGUGCACUGUUGGGAUAUUAAGGUUGGUGAGGUGACACCAACAGUUGGGCAGUCGGUGUGGCUGCUCACGCAGUGUCCAGAGGUGUCCAGCCUGUCCCGAGGCAGGACUCUGGUGUAUCAGCCUGCGGGAAGGAGAGUACCUGGCUCUGACCGCUCCCACUCAGAAACUCAACCCACAACACCUCUCUAACCUGCGUGUGAGGCUGGACUGGGAUGAAGGGACGCUUGCAUUCUUGAACACUACUGAAACACAUAUUUUCACGUUUAAACAUCGCUUUACUGAAAAGGUGUACCCAUACUUUGAGAGUACAUUGUUGUAUGGGGACUUUUCAGUGUUGGCACAGAAAGUGAAGGUCAGCCUGGGGUCAUAUGAUGUCCCUGAAGAGGACACUGCUAUCCUUGAGGAGGAUCAGGUGAUAACAAAUGACUCCUGGAAACAGGGAGACAUUAACGCUCUUUCAACAAAUAACAACGGCAAGAAGAGUGAACGUCUGAAUGAAGACAAGAAAUCCAAACCUCAGGGGGGCACCUUGAAGAACCAUAUCAUUAAAACAAAACCCGCUGAGCAAAAGUCAAAAGAUAACAAAACCAAAAAACAGAGCAGCAAACCCAGGUUCAAUGUGACCUACCAUGUGUCACUGAACAGAGCCCUAAACAUCAUCAACAAUGAGUCUGACAGUCACAAACAAAUCCAGAUGAAUCAUGUUGAUCAUUUGGUUAAUCAUGCGUGUGUUAAAUAACAAGAGCCCACAGCCAUAAUGAAUUACAAUAACAUCAUUACCAUUCGUACUAAAGUUAUUCUUGGUUUUAAGUUGUGCUAGAAGCUUGCCUCCAGGAUUGUAAAUUACACUCAGUGAUUGGCGUGUUUUCAGACAGUCAUGUUCCCUAGAGCAGUGGUUCCCAACCUGGGGGGCGCGCCCCACUUGGGCGGGCGCCAAAUAUCGCAGGAGGUGCGCCAGGCCUCAGAUGAUUUGAGGCCAAAUAUCAUAUUUAGACUUUUUUUUUUCUUUUUACAUAUAAUUAUAUGUAAAAAAAAAA